AUGCCGACGGCGACAUAUCUUCAAGCACGUAGACAUGCCGCGGCGUCCCCACCAAUACUGGAAACGCGGGAUGAAGCCGAGCUUGACCUGCAAACACCGUCGUCCUCACUUCGACAGCACCUCGAUUCAGAAGCGCUACCGAGGCCGGACUUCUUCGAGACGCUGGACGAGCUGCAUCUUUGGUACCAGAUGCAAUAUGGAGAUAUACUUCAAGAUCAUCUCGAAUCAUGUAGCAAACACAAGUAUCCGCCAUCCCACAGCAGCUCUUCUGCAACAGCUGGUAGCCGACCCAAGCUGGUCGUAUGCCAUGACUUUCAAGGCGGCUACACCGAGUCGCCACACCGACAAGGCUACACACUAGAGCAUAUGCAUCUCGUUGAUACAUUCAUCUACUUCUCACACAAGCGUGUCAGCAUCCCACCUGUCGGCUGGCUAACAGCCGCCUCCCGGACCGGCACAAAGGUCCUCGGCACGCUCAUCUUCGAGUGGGCAGAGAGUGUUCCAGACAUGGCACGUCUUCUCCGUGGUCCUGAACGCAAAGCGAUGCCGCUGCGAGGUGAUCCCUCCUUCUCUCCUCAGUAUGCUAUCGAGUUGAUCCAGUUUGCAUUGGACCGUGGCUUCUCCGGCUACCUUGUCAACAUUGAGACCGCACUGGAUCUUGGCUUCAGCUGCUCUGGAGAAGCGUGGCCUGCGUGGGUCGGAGAACAGGCCAGAAUCGGCGAGAUGCACCGCAAUUCCGAACGUCUUCGCGGCUGGGUGCAUUACCUGAGAGAGGAGGGGACAAGGCGCUUCGUCGAGGCUGGCAGGAAUUCAGACGAGUGGCAGGUUAUGUGGUAUGACUCGGUGGUGUAUCCCCAUGGCCAGCUUGCCUGGCAAGAUGCUCUCAACAAGCACAACGUACCUUUCUAUCAGUCGGCUCAUACCUUCUUCACCAACUAUACUUGGGCGAGGCCGCCUCAACCACUACCUCCGGGUGAGCUCAUUGACCCGGAUGACGAAAGUCCGCAGAACCUACAACGUUGUGGUUUUGGUCUGACAGGAGAAGCAGAUGGAGGGCUGCAUCCGCAGUUACUGCUCUCAGCAGCCAUGGCUGAUAGCGUGGCUCGACCACGCAACGAGGUGUAUGUCGGAAUCGACGUAUUUGGUCGCAAUUGCUGGGGCGGCUUGAAGAGCUGGAAGUCGCUUGAAAUGAUCGGUCCGCAUCGACAAGAUGACGAAAAGGAGUCGCUGGGUCUGAGUGUCGCACUCUUCGCUCCCGGAUGGACAUGGGAAGAGGAGUCAGCCGGUCUUGCGCUCACAUCUGAACAAGCAGAACGAAAGAGAAGCUGGGUUGAUUGGUGGCACAUCGACAUUGCUUUCUGGGUCGGCGUCCCUACAUCUCUAGCACCGGCAAGCUAUCGAAUUCCUCUGUCAGAUAGUGAAGCAAAGCCGGUCCAGAGGUACUUCCACCACUCUAAUCUCCAACGGGAUCGUCUUCGUCGACGCGCCAGUCGGCAUGGCUUCUAUACCAAUUUCAGCUUCGGCUCAGGCACAAAGUGGUUCGACCAGGGCACGCUAGUUCACGAAUGGUCAGCGGGCUCGAAGGAUGAAGAAGCAGGGUUCACAGACAUGGGUGUUUGCAUGCCCAAACCGGAUCUUUUCUACCUGGCGUGGCAUCAUCUUCAGAAGACGAUGGAGGGAGCAGCGAAACUAAUCGAUGGCGUAGAAAACGCAACAUGGUGGUAUGACCAUCACUGCGUCUGGGAAGGAACGGCCUCCUUCGCGAUGUUUCUGUCACCAUCCUGUGACGACCAGGGUAAAGUCACAGAUCGCAUGACAGUACCGCUCUGCUCAGCGGUAAUGCUGCUGCCGGAAGCUGCCUCUGGUGAGGCACAUGAUUGGAAGUACACACUCGUGUGUCAAGGCGAGGCAGCCAUUCUUGACGCACUGCAGCCACAUGUGAUGCACCUUGGCGAAAGCAAGGAAGAAGGCCAGCUCAGCAUUGAGCACAGCGAUGUCGAACAAGAAGCUCUGUCAAACAAUUGGAGAGCCUUCUCGGUGCAGUUGAAAGUUCGACGAUCUCUUGAUGAUGCAAAUCGAUCCAUCAUGGCACUCAGUUUGGGCUUCUCCGUUCAUCCUCUGACGACAAGUCAGAUUAAGCUGCGGAUCGGAGCUCUACAACUUUCUUCAAGUGCGAAAGGCGCAACAGUUUCGCAGUCAACAACCCCAUCAGCGUUGGAAGUACGAUUAGCUACGAGCAUCGCGCAUGAGGGCGCAUCCCCCGCAACAAUUGGAAGCAGGGUACUGCCAGUGGCACUGACAUGGACAUCUCCUUCAGCCAGUUUAGCUUCGGCGUACUUCAAUAUAUGGCUGCAGGCAGCCGGCAAGCCCGAGACCAAAGCUUGGUUGGGCACUUCAACGCGCGAAGCAACACUCUUUGAGUUUUGCCUCCCGAAUCAUCUCGUCCUCCCAUAUCACCUUAGACAGCUGGAGCCGCGAGACUUAAAUUUCGUCGUCACUUCACUAGGCAUACUCCACCCACAGACGGUCGCAAAGGGACUCGUAAUACUCUCAUAG